AUGCAUUUCUGGCGUGAAAAUGUUUCGCUAAGCGUCCUGCUGGCCGGCCUUGCCCUGGACAAGGACAAGUGCUCCGACUUUAUCGAGAUCAGCGACCAGAGCGAUGCCGACAAACUGAGAUCUUGCAAGACAUUUGCCGGAUACAAGCGAAUCGAUGCCACUCUCCCGGGGAGCCGAAGCGACAACGGAACCUUCACCGCGAUCUCCUCGUCGACUCUCCGCUCAAUCGACGAUAGGUUUGAGCUGUCGUCCCUCCCCGGCUUGGAUACCAUCAGCCUACCGGCCCUCAGAGAAGUGGUGACCAUUGACUGGGAGGGCCUGCCCAAACUCAAAACGGUGGACUUUGGAGACGGCCUAGACAAGGUCGGCAAUGUCACUCUCAAGUCUACGAACCUAAUGGAUGUCAGCCCACUGGCCACGGAGAAAGUGGGCAAAUGGAGCAUCUCGGAUCACCCCUCAUUGGAAGUCGCCUAUCUUUCCAAGAUCACCACCUACGAAGAAUUCUCCGCCACUUACAAAAAUGAAACCCUCAAACUUGUUCUCUCUGGCACGACUGCUACCGGCUCGACCAGCCUCUGUAACAUAACACUCGUCAAUCUUGGAAAGCUGGAAUACACCACGGGAACAUUAUCUAUCUCGAGCUAUGUUAACGAUCUACUCACUUUCCCUGCUCUUCGCCACGCCGCGGAAGUCAAGAUGGAAUUAGAUAUCAAACACCUGGAAUUCCCCGUUCUUGAGACCAUCCACGGCGAUUUUGAUGUCCGUCGCAGAUACAAAGUAGCCUUCGAAGGCGUCGACAGCGACUUUAUUCUGAACAUCGAUCACACGAAGAACUGCACCGACUUUUCGGAUUUCAAGAACUCGGCGCCCAAUGUCAGCGUCGGUGUUCUUAAUAACGAGACCUUCGGGACUGAGGACAGUGCCGUGGGUCACGGCGGUCUGUGGGCCGGACUGAGCAUGGUGGUGCCGCUGCUGGCAGCUAUGGCUGUUGUUCUGUAG